GCAAGCGACAGGACGCGCGCCCGACAGCUGCCUCGGGCUAGAGGAGAGCCGGGCUUCAGUCGGACCGUGAGUACUAUGGGAGCGCUAUGUUGUCCCGGAAAGGAAUUAUUCCUGAGGACUAUCUGCUGACCCGUUUGGCCGAGGAUGUGCUGCAGCCCAAGUUCAAGACAAAGGCGCGUAAAGCUCGGUUCGUGGCCAAAAACGGGGUGUGUAACGUUGCACACACGAAUAUUCGGGAACAGGGCCGAUUCCUCUUGGACGUCUUCACAACUUUAGUGGACUUAAAAUGGAUCCACACGCUCAUUAUUUUCACCAUGUCGUUCCUGUGCAGCUGGCUGCUAUUUGGCAUGGUGUGGUGGCUCGUGGCCUUUGCGCACGGAGAUUUACACCAACAGGACGAUACCUUUGUGCCGUGCGUCACGGACAUUCACUCGUUCUCCUCGGCCUUUCUGUUCUCCAUUGAGGUUCAGGUGACUAUAGGUUUCGGGGGUCGGAUGGUCACAGAGGAGUGCCUGUCCGCCAUCAUCAUCCUCAUAGUGCAGAACAUAGUGGGGCUCGUGAUAAACGCCAUCAUGCUUGGCUGUAUCUUCAUGAAGACCGCGCAGGCGAACCGGCGCGCGGAGACGCUCAUCUUCAGCAAACACGCCGUCAUCUCCGUGCGUAACAACAAACUGUGCUUCAUGAUGCGCAUCGGAGACCUGCGCAAAAGCAUGAUCAUCAGCGCCACCGUGCGCAUGCAGGUGGUACGGCGCACGAGCACGCCGGAAGGGGAGAUGGUGCCCCUGGACCAGAUUGAUAUCCACAUGGACAACCCCGUGGGCACCAAUGGCAUCUUCCUCGUGUCUCCCCUCAUCAUCUGCCACGUCAUCGAAAAGAGCAGUCCCCUCUACGAACUGUCCGCGAGCGACCUUCUGCACGAGGAGCUGGAGGUGAUCGUGGUGCUCGAGGGAGUCGUGGAGACCACAGGAAUCACCACUCAGGCCCGGACGUCCUAUCUGUCUGAAGAAAUCCUGUGGGGGCAGCGCUUCGUGCCCACAGUGUCUGAGGAGGACGGCAUGUACGCGGUGGAUUACUCCAAGUUUGGGAACACGGUCAAAGUGCCCACCCCCUGCUGCAGCGCCAAGAAACUGGAUGAAGUGGGAGGGAUAAUGCAGUUUAGACUCACGGAGGGUUUGUCCCCCAGGGCGUCAGUACGGAGGAGGCGAGGGGCCGCUUCACGGCGCUCCAAGGUAGAAAGUCCUUGAACGCACCACGCGGCAUAGGUAAUAAUGCUAAGGACGAGACAAUAGACAAUACAUCAUGUUUAUAUUUAUUACUGCAGAGAGUAAAGCCAGAGUAGAUGUAGCUUUUGCACAGCAGCACGUGUUCUCAGGGGUCAUAGUUCAAUGAGGCUGGAAUGUUUUCUACAUAAUCACAGCGCAUGCGUCAGAAUAAAUAAAUGUCAUGCCUUUUAAA